GACAUGUGCUACUUACACCGGAUGAAAUAUUGUGACAGCAGAGACAGGAAAGAGGGCACGCUCCUGUCACUGAGGAAUGGAAGUCGCUGCAGCUGUAAACAGUGGAAGAGGUCUAGACUGUCUAUCGCUGAGCUUGCCUCGAGGGUCAUUUCCUUACUGUCCUAGUAGACCAGUUGAUGUUUUCCUUGGUGCCGAUGAAGCAACAUCUCGCACUCAGGGGGUAGGGCACUCUGUUCUGGUCGGCAUUGUUUGUAUUUGAUGCUCUCGAGUUCAGCACCCAGGGUUCUGCGUGGGGAACUUUGCUCCAAGACUUGUCAACAAAAGUGGUGUUAAAUAAAGCAGCCACUGAGUGAAGUUUGAAUGUAUUCACUGGCUGGAAAACAGGGAAGAAGUCAGCGCAGGGAAGAAGUGAGCCACAUUGCUCCAAGCAAUUUCACCCACUUAAACCGAGGAGACUACUGGGAAACUAUGCAGUGAUCGCUUUUUUGUGUGUUCCCAUUCCGGUCUGCAAGGAGAAACAGGGAUAUAUUAAUUUUUACUGUUGGUUUAUUUCUAGUUUCGGCUAGGAAAACAAAGCUUUCUCGUGGUAAUCUGAUAGUUUUAAGUUUCAGUUCUCCAGUUCAGCUGUCUUUUCUGUGCACAACAGCUGAAAGUCCUGUCCUGGAUGCAUGCUCCAUGUCAGCUUUUUGCCUUGCAACGGUAAUCCUGCAUGCUCUCUGUUCAUUUGCAUUCAUGAGCAUUAAGUUCUGCUCAUCCACAGUCUGGUGUUAAAACGAACCGCAUGAGUGUGUUUGUACAUAGCACAUCCUGUGGAUUUAUUGUCAUUAGAGCUGGACUCUGGUAACUCUGGCCGUAAUGCUGAGCUCUAAGCCUUCUGUGGUUGUCUGUCUGCAAGUCUCUUUACCACAGUGUUAUAGCAAGUUCUUUCUUGGAAUCCGAGAUGCUGAGCUUGUAUUUUCCACAAGAGUUUCCAUUUUUGUCCUAAAAAAUACUGAAAUAGCUUGAUGGCAUUGUCCUAUUUGGAAAAAGCUUGUGUCGUGGAGGCUGUUUUGCUGGAAAAAAUGAGCUCUAGAAUUAAUAACCUACUUUAGUUUCUAUAAAUAUGUAGAGUGCAGUGAAGAUAGUUUUGGGCUGUUUUAUGCAAACUGGCCUGUCGUGCUGUGCUGUAAGUUUUCCCUUACACUCUGUUUCCAUGGCCCCCUCAUGUGGCCGCUCUUCACUGCCUAUAGCACAAGCUAUCUCCGCCUAUGAAAACAAGGCGCGUGAUUGGCUGAUCCUGCAGAUGCACAGGAAGUUCAGGGUUUCUAAUAACCACCCAGAGACACAGUUACCAUAGAGACAAAGAUAAGCCCCCUUACUAAAAAAAAGGAAAAAAGCCUGCAUGUCAUCACAGCAGCCUGCAGAAAGCGUCUGCUCUCUCUCUCUCUCUCUCUCUCUCUCUCUGUCUCUCUCUCUCUCACACUCUUCUGCCAGUUCUCCUAUUAGCAGCUGCUCAAACAGUACAGCCCCUACCUUAUGAAGGUUGCCUUCUCUCACUGCUCUUCAAAUGCACUCUGCACUUAACGAGCCUUGGUCUAAAUGGGUCCGGUUAUGCCUCCCAGUAAGAAGCCGGAAAGUUCCGGGGUCAGCGUCGCAAGCGGCCUGAGCCAGUUCUAUCAGGCGAGCUCUAUCACUCGCGCCCUGCAGGAGGCCGAGGAGAUGGACCUGGCUCUUCCCACCAUCAAACUAGAGAAGGGCAGCAUGGAGGACGAGGAACUCACCAACCUCAACUGGCUUCACGAGAGCAAGAACCUGCUCAACAGCUUCGGUGACCCUGUGCUGAGGAGUGUCAGCCCCGUCCAGGACUUGGACGAUGACACCCCGCCCUCCCCGGCCCACUCGGACGUCCCUUACGACGCCAAGCAGAACCCGAACUGCAAACCCCCUUAUUCCUUCAGCUGCCUCAUCUUCAUGGCCAUAGAAGAUGCCCCCUCCAAGAGACUGCCAGUUAAAGACAUAUACAAUUGGAUCCUGGAACACUUCCCUUACUUUGCCAACGCCCCCACGGGGUGGAAGAACUCAGUCAGGCACAAUCUGUCCCUCAAUAAGUGUUUUAAGAAAGUGGACAAGGACAGGAGUCAGAGUAUCGGGAAGGGCUCCCUUUGGUGCAUAGACCCAGAAUACAGACAGAAUCUCAUCCAGGCGCUGAAGAAGACGCCUUAUCAUCCUUAUUCCCAGGUGUUCACCACGCCUCCCACCUCUCCUCAGGCAUAUCAAAGUAUGUCCAGUCCUCCAAUUUGGCCUGGAAGUCCCUAUUACAGAAAAAACAAGGGAGUCCUGCUUCAAGUCCCUCAGGGAGUGAUUCAGAAUGGAGCUCGAAUGAUGAGCCAGGGCCUCUUCCCAGGAAUCCGACCCCUUCCCAUCAACCCCAUUGUCAGCAGGACAGCUGCUGUCAGGUCAGUACUCGGAUACAGAAUAACCAGUGAUGGCGAGCCAACCUGUAACUCUCCACUGGUCAACAGCGACCCCAAGGAGGACCACACCUACAGUUUUGCCAAAUCUUCCAGCUCGGAUGUUGAAGAAGAGGCCAACUGCGAAGGAAGCGAGGUGAGCUUCCACGCCAACGAGGCCAGCAGCGAUGCCGAGGAGGACGACAAGAGCAAAAUCAAGAAGGAGCCCAAGGAAUGGUCUGUGGACUCCCUCGCUCUGGCCCAGCACAAGAAACGGCAACAUUUGACAAAAGUCAAACAGAGAGUGGCCAGUGACACUCUUCCUCUAAAGAAGAGGCGCACAGAGAAGCCUCCGGAAAGUGACGACGAGGAAAUGAAGGAGGCAGCCGGAUCCUUGCUUCAUUUGGCAGGAGUCAGGGCCUGUUUGAACAAUAUCACCAACCGGACGGCAAAGGGGCAGAAAGAGCAAAAAUAAUGAACUGACUGUAUUAUAAAGAGAAAAAAAAACAUCACUUUGAAUAGAAUUUACUAUUUUUUUCCAGGACAUCAGGUGAAUUCUACUGAUUUGUGGCAAUAUCAACAAUCACUUUGUUUUCCUAUCUUUAUAGGUAACAUUUUGCUGAGGGUUCUUUGUUUUAGUUCACUUUUAGUUCAUUUUAUUGUGAUUUCUUUUUUUAAUCUACGGAGAUUAAAGCCAUAGCCUUCCCUUUUUGAAGAUAUUCUGUAAAACAUUUCAUUCGACUGAGAAAAAAGUGAUAGUAAAAAUUGCCCUGCCCCAUUGUCAUAGUUAAAGGGACAGUUCACCCCAAAAGUUUUGUUUUACCCAAAUGAAAUUCUAUCAGAUCUGAAAGAUUUCUGUCCCUCCACUGAAAGUCUAUUCAACCAAAACUCUGACACGUUAAUAAGAUCAUAAAGAGAUAAUAAAAAAAAAAGAA